AUGUCUAAAGUAACAAAGAGGAAACAUGUAAUGAAUGAAGCGCUGUGGGAUGAUUACGAACUUCCUAAAGAAAAUCAAAGUAUCGUUAAAGUUUUAAAGAGUAAAGGAAAUAAUCUUCAUGAGAUCACAACACCAGCUGGUGAAGAAUAUUUAGUAUCAAUGCCUACAAAGUUUAGAAAGAAUAUUUGGGUGAAAAGAGGAGACUAUAUUAUUGUUGAACCUAUACCUGAGGGUGACAAAGUGAAAGCAGAAAUUGUGAAAAUCUUGAGCAAGGACUCAAUAAAAUUCUUUAAAGAGAGUAAUGUGUGGCCAAAAGAAUUUGAGGACAGAAAGAAAGAGGUGGUAGCGGUUGAUGAUGAUGAUUUGUUUGUGAAUACUAAUAGGACACAUGUACAGCCUUAUCAAAGUGAAAGUGACUCUAGCAGUGAUGAUAGUGAAAGUGAAGAUAAUGAAAAAUAA